AACGGUGCAAAACAGAGAUCCUAAACCUAGAUCAAAAAAUUUCCCCAAUCAUCCGCGCCUUGUGUGACCACCUGUACCACCCCUCUCGUCGAGGUGGAAACCUGCUGUUCGUUCGCUGCCAGCCCGCCCGCCCGGCCGCCCCGUCUCGCUGUCUUGGGUCGGCGAAACUUGCUGUCUCUCCAUCCAGACGUCACCUCGGUCCGGCGCGCCGCCAACACCAUCAAAAGGCACGCGACGAAGGACCAGUAUCGCCGGUUGUUCUGGACGUUCCGUACCUCCCACAAUCGCCGGCUGUUGGCGGUUUGCCAUCACCAUUUCAUCGGAUUUUGGAUCGUUGCUUUCAAUCAUCGAGUUGUAGUUGUUCUCAACUGGUUUUACAAUAUGUUCAAGAACACAUUCCAAUCUGGGUUCUUAUCUAUUCUCUACAGUCUUGGGAGCAAACCUUUGCAAAUAUGGGACAAAGAAGUUGUCAAUGGACAGGUUAGACGGCUACAAGAUGACGAUAUCCAGUCAAAUGUGCUUGAAAUAGUUGGCUCAAAUGUGCAGUCAACUUACAUUACUUGUCCUGCUGAUCCAUCUGCAACACUUGGUAUCAAGCUUCCGUUUUUGGUUAUGAUUGUAAAAAAUCUGAAGAAGUAUUUUACCUUUGAGAUUCAGAUUUUGGAUGAUAAGAAUGUUCGCCGCCGUUUUAGAGCUUCAAAUUUUCAGUCUGUAACACGGGUAAAGCCAUUUAUUUGCACCAUGCCUCUUACAUUGGAAGAUGGUUGGAACAACAUUCAACUAAAUCUUGCCGAUCUAACGAGAAGGGCAUAUGGCACAAAUUAUGUCGAGACUCUUAGAGUGCAGGUCCAUGCAAACUGCCGACUCAGAAGAAUUUACUUCUCGGAUCGACUUUACUCAGAGGAAGAGCUCCCCCAGGAGUUCAAACUGUAUCUCCCAAUGCAAAAAGCAUGACACCUCGGGAAGAGCAUCAGAAAUAUAGCAUCUUGAUUGUGAAGCCUUAACAUUAGUUCUAUUAAGUUAUAUCUGGCUCUUGAUAUGUUUAGGAAACUGUGCCUUGAUGUUUGGGUAGUAUUGUACAUUCCUAUAACAUUUUCCAUGUGAUUAGAUGAUGUUGAAUCCGUAAGUUCUAAUUCCAUGAAGAUCUGUUGCACUGCUUUUUUCCUUUAA